CUGUAGGAUUUGGAAUGGAUCCUGACUUACAAAUUGAUAUCAUCACAGAGCUGGAUCUGGUGAAUACAACCCUGGGGGUAACACAAGUGUCAGGACUGCACAAUGCCAGCAAAGCCUUCUUAUUCCAAGAUACAGAAAGAGAAAUCCACGCAGCACCCCACGUGAGUGAGAAGUUAAUGCAGCUCUUCCAGAACAGAAGUGAGUUCACAUUUCUGGCCACUCUGCAACAAAAGGCAUCGACUUCUGGAGUUAUAUUGUCCAUCCGAGAGUUGGAGCACAGCUAUUUUGAGCUGGAGAGCAGCGGCCUGCGGGAUGAGAUCAGGUUCCACUACAGGUUCCACGGGAAGAUGAGGACAGAGGUGUUCCCCUACCGCCUGGCGGAUGGGCAGUGGCACAGGAUUGCUGUGUCCCUCAGCGCCUCCCACCUGCUGCUCCACGUGGACUGCAACAGGAUUUAUGAACGUGUCAUUGAUCCCCCAGAAACAAAUUUGACACCUGAAAGCAAUUUAUGGCUCGGACAGAGAAACAGGAAACACGGUUUCUUUAAGGGUGUUAUUCAAGAUGUGAAAAUCAUCUUUAUCCCUAAUGGAUAUAUAACACAGUGUCCUAAUCUGAAUCGCACAUGCCCAACCUGCAGUGAUUUCUUAAGUCUGGUGCAAGGAAUCAUGGAUUUGCAAGAACUCCUGGCAAAAAUGACUGCAAAAUUAAAUUAUGCAGAAACAAGGCUGAGUCAAUUGGAAGACUGUCAUUGUGAGAAGACUUGUCAAGUAAAUGGAUUGAUCUACAGAGACAAAGACUCAUGGGUUGAAGAUGAUCACUGCAGGAAUUGCACAUGCAAAGGAGGAGCUGUGGAGUGCAGGAGGAUGUCCUGUCCCCCUCUGGAGUGUCCCCCCGAUGCUCUGCCCGUGCACGUGGACUCUCAGUGCUGCAAGGUGUGCAAGGCAAAGUGUAUCUAUGGAGGCAAGGUGCUAGCAGAAGGUCAGCGAGUGUUAACCAAGAGCUGCAGGGAAUGUCGAAAUGGAGUUUUAGUCAAAGUAACAGAGACCUGUCCACCACUGAACUGCUCAGAAAAGGAUCAUGUUCUUCCAGAGAACCAGUGCUGCAGUGUUUGUAGAGGCCAUAACUUCUGUGCAGAGGGACACAGGUGUGGUGAAAACUCAGAGUGCAAAAACUGGAACACAAAAGCCACUUGUGAAUGCAAGAACGGUUAUCUCUCUGUCCAAGGGGACUCAGCAUAUUGUGAAGACAUUGAUGAGUGUGCGGCCAAGAUGCACUACUGCCACGCCAACACGGUGUGUGUGAACCUGCCCGGCUCCUACCGCUGCGACUGCGUCGCGGGCUACGUGCGCGUGGACGACUUCUCCUGCACAGAGCACGAUGAGUGUGGCAGUGGGCAGCACAGGUGUGAUGAGAAUGCAAUCUGCACCAACACCAUCAGGGGCCACAGCUGCACCUGCAAGCCCGGCUAUGUGGGCAACGGGACCGUGUGCCGAGCAUUCUGUGAAGAAGGGUGCAGAUAUGGUGGGACUUGUGUAGCUCCUAACAAAUGUCUCUGCCCCUCUGGAUUCACUGGAAGUCAUUGUGAGAAAGAUAUUGAUGAGUGUGCAGAGGGGAUGAUUGCGUGUCACAGCCAUUCUCGCUGUGUUAACCUCCCGGGGUGGUACCACUGUGAGUGCAGAAGCGGUUUCCAUGACAAUGGAAGCUAUUCUCCUGCCGGGGAGUCCUGUGUGGAUAUCGAUGAGUGUGCCUUAAAGAUCCACACCUGCUGGAAUGACUCGGCCUGUGUGAACCUGCCCGGAGGCUUUGACUGCCUUUGUCCCUCGGGGCCAUCUUGCACUGGAGACUGUCCCCACGAGGGGGGCCUCAAGAGGAACGGGCAGGUGUGGACCCUGCGGGAGGACCGGUGCUCCGUGUGCUCCUGCAAGUACCGCAGCGGGGACAACUGGACCUACAGCUGCCAGCACUGCCGCUGCCUGGAAGGAGAGGUGGAUUGCUGGCCCCUCCAGUGCCCGGCGCUGAGCUGCGAGUACACAGCCAUGUCGGAGGGAGAGUGCUGUCCCCACUGCGUCAGUGACCCCUGCCUGGCUGACAACAUCACCUACGACAUCAGGAAAACCUGUCCAGAUGGCUAUGGGAUCACCAGGCUCAGUGGUGCUGUAUGGACAAUGGUGGGAUCUCCCUGUACAACCUGCAAAUGCAAGAACGGGAAUGUCUGCUGCUCGGUGGAUUUAGAGUGUCUCAACAAUAACUGACCCGGCCAGGCUGGACUGUGCCAGGGGAGGAGGACUGCUGGAGUUACCACCUGAAGGAAGCCUGUGCGUUGGCAUUUUGUACACCAGACUCUUACCAAAGUCUCCAAAGGAGGAAGAUGUGUGGGAGUUGCCUUUGGGAGCUGUCGCUAUGCCCAUCCCUGCCGGCCUUGUCGGGUGACUUCCAGUGCAGCGCAGAGAGAUCAGUGGUUGCUGCAAGUUUUCAGUGUUGUAAAUUACACACCUUUCCUGUCAAGAAAUUUGCAAAUAUGUUUAAAUUAUUUCAUGGGUAAACUAAUGCUGUAUUUUUUGUUUUAAUUUGUGUAUUGACAACAUUGAUAGAAUUCAGCUCUUCUUAUUUUGAAUCUAGAUUUUACAAAUACGACAGCCUGUUGUGAUUUUGUCCCAUGAUAUCACAUACUUGGUUCCAAGGUCCCUGUUAGAUGUAUUUAUGAAAAUAUGUAUGUAUGUACAGUCAGAUUGCAUAAUACUUAUAUUUCACAGCUGUCCCAACAUUUUAAAGCAUUCGAAGGUAUGGACAUAAUGAAAGUAAUCAAAAUAAGUCUGUCUUAAACUAUAAAAUUAAAUGCCAUGAACUGAAUGAAAUGGCAGAAUAAGCACUUUCUUCUUCAAACGUGCAGAGCAGCAACAAGACUUCUACAGUGAGAAAUGGAGCUAAAACCCCCUCCCACUGCCAAUUCAACACAUAUUCAAGAAGGAAUCACAAGUCAUUAUCAGCAUUGUGUCGAGUAUAAUUCCUCUGGAUUAUACAGUGCUAAAAACAGCCAGAGAUCCUUAAGGUUAUAUAGUUUAAGUUGAGUAGUUAGAAUUUGCUUGCAUUUGCAACAUCAUUGAUGAGUUCAGAAUUUUUCCUCUUUUGUGUUUAAUAAUGAUGUCUGUCAUCCUCAGUUACUGCUGCCAUAGUGACAAAGUGCAGAGGCACCUGUUCCAGCAACAGGAGACCUUAAAGCCUGGUAACUUCCAUUACCAACAGCUCGGAAACAGGUUUUAUCUUUUCAUGUUUUAUGACAUUCAAAAAUACUUAAAUUUACUGUGCUGUUGAGGACCUAAGUUUAGACAGGAAUUUAAACCAAGACUCUUAGCCCUGUAUGGAGGUUAGAGCUUGGAUUCUCUUCAGCUAAUGUCUGAGUUUUCUUCAAGAGGCUAGAAAGUUUGUGGCAUUAGAACAAAAAUAUAUUUCUAUGGCAAUGCAUCUACAGCUUAAAUGUCACAUUUUUAAUGUGCUGUUGUGUUUUGUUCUGCUCAUUUGUGUAGUGUUGUUUGGGUUUUUUUCUUUUUGUUUAUUUAAUUAAACACACUGAAUAUAUGGAAAAGAUUGCAGAAAUAACUAUAGUGGCUACAGUUUGGAAAGUCUACAUUUGUGAGUUUUUCAUAGUUUCAUGAAGAAAAUGUGAAACUGAUCACUAAGAAAGAAGUGUGACUAUAGAGUGAAAAUAUUAGUUGUUAAAUGAAGUACUAUUACAUUUAUAAGGGGACAGAGAAUAUAAAAUUACUUUCAGUCAUUCAGAUAACUUUAUUCCAAUUUUUUAACCAGGUUUUGUUUUAGUUAACAACUUUGUGUGGUAAAGUUAAAUUUAUUUUCUUAAAAGGCCCCAUCAUUUUCAGCUAAUAAUGUAUUGAGUCUAUUUGCAUUGCCCUGAUGAUUGUAUAAUAAGGGAAAGAGUUGUGUUUUAUAUGAUACUCAAAGGAUGUUUGUAAAUCAUGUCGGCUCAUUUUGUAUAUCACAUUGUAAAACCCAAUGGUAAUUCAGUUGGAUAAGAUACCCAGUGGGCUGAGAUAUGAAGGGGAAUGAUUUAAAGUCUGUGGGCAUCUAAAUAAACUCCUGUGUACAGAUUG